GUCUACAAGCGCCACGUGGUUUGGGUAAUUAUGAGCUGCAGUGCUGGGAUGUGCAUACUUGUUCCACAGGUGCCGUCGGGGGCGGGGCAGGAGGCGGGCGCUGGCCCCGAUGGGACGUCGCUGAUCUCUGUGCUCUGCGCGCCGCACAGGAGGUUCGCCCUCGUCUGCAGGCACUGGGCCGACACGCUCGAGGGGCUGGAGGCGGUGCAGCAGGUGCUGGGUGAGCACCUCAUCGGAGAAGUGCUGUUCCGCGCGCAGCUGGGCCAGCUCACUCCGCGCACCCACCUCGCAGCUCUGGGCGACGCUCCCUCCCCCUCGGGCCCUGGGGCGCCGCCCACGCGCUCCGCGGCCUCCGCCUCCGACCUCGGCCCCUAGACCUUGAGGCGCCUUCGCAAGCCGGGUGUCCGAUGACAGAUCGCACUUUUUACAAUCUGAUGGACGUUCUUCUUGAGAUGUAAAAGAGCUACGUUUUACUUUGUUUUAUUAAGUGAGAUGGCAAUGCCUUAUUGUUUGGACCAUAUUAUUGUUUUACUUGUGAAUUCAAUAACCCACUUUAGUUAAUAAAUACAAUUUAUGUUUUUAUUAAAUUGCAAUAAAGAUAAAUAUUUAUAAUUACAUCCUUGUUGAUGUUACUUUUUGAAUUCUGCUCGCAUGUAGUUUUGAAACACAUCAUCCAAAUGUCAUUAUUUCGUGUUAUGUCGUAUUUGUUGAACUAAAAACGUAUCUCUUGAUCACGAAAAUAUACUGCAAUGCAAUUAAAUAUUAUUUAUGUAAAUUGAUAAACCAUUCUACGUCACGUACUGAAAAUAAAUCGUAUU